CGCAGCUCUUGCUCAUACAGGCCAAGCUUUGUGUUCUCUUUAUCUUCAGUGUUUACGCAACUCGUCCGCCCCUGCUCACACUGUCUUAUUGGUGCAGGUAAACAGAAUUUCGCCAAGGUUUGAAUUUUCAUCCCCUUAAAGUGCCAGCACCAAGAUUUUUUCCCUUUUCAGUUCUCUUCCCAACCGUUUUAAUUUUUUUAUCUCUUUUCCGUUAACCAACCUAAUAAUUUACACCUCCGCCCAAGACUUUCCUAGAGAUGGGACUCAAGAAGACAAUCACGGCCGCUUCGCUGGUGCAUGACGGGCAUCCAAUUGCCACGCAGGCGGUGCCCAAGGACUUUGCCUGGCUGCGCGACAGCACGGGUUCGGAGACGCAGACAUUGUAUUUCCAUCUCGAGAAUGGCGUGGUCGGGUUUGUUCAAAUAGCGUGGGCGUACCUUGCGCUGACGACGACGAUCGAGACGAACGCGAUGUUCUAUGCGCCGGGACACGACUGCGUGUUUGAGACGCACAACGGGCACCACCUGAAGGUGGGCAAGGACAGCCAGCAGUACGAGUGCAAGGGCCUGGCGAUGGGGUGGAACAGCGACUUCUCCAAGCUGACGGUCAAGUACACGGCGGGCAAGGAGCGCUCGGCUAAGGGCAUGGCGGCGCAGUUCGAGUUCUCGCGGACGUCCGACGGAUACAAGAUUGGCGACGGCAAGAACCACAUUGGCGACGGCACGGCGGCCCACUACUUCUACCCGGCAGGCACAGUCAGCGCAGAGUGCGAGAUCCACGGCAAGAAGUUCAAGGCGUCGGGCGUGGGCAUGUUUAUCCACGCGCACUCGGGCAACAUCAUGCCGUACAAUGUAGGCGUCGAGUGGAACAUGUCGUUCUUCACUGGCCAGCGGUCCGACAAGCUGGAUGGGCCCAAGGACACUGACACGUUCCACGUGCUGCAGUACACCACGCCCGAGAACGUUGGCGCUGUCAAUUGCUCGCAGGCAGCGCUGACCCACGACGGCAAGCUGCUGGCUGUGUUCUGGGAGAACACGAUCGAGUUCCACGAGCGCCACAAGGACCCGAACGGCUCCGGAUACAAGAUCCCCGACCGGGUAAUGAUCACGUCCGUCGGCAAGACGGUCGACGGCAGGACCGCCAAGGCCACAUUCGAUGCCCGGCCCGCCAGGCGGCUCCACGACAUUGAUGUGCUUGGCGAGAUGCCAUUUGUCAUCAAGCGCCUGGUGCAGGCCCUGAUUACUAAGCCGUUCAUCUUUGAGCGGUACGAGGACACCGCAAAGAUCACCGUCGAGAUCGAGGGCGAGGAGCCGUACGACAUCGUCGGCUGUGCCUUCCACGAGCUGACGCUGAUGGACUGAAGGCCCAAAUCCCAAAAGAAA